CACCGGCCUCGAAUCGAGCACGCGACACUGUCCGCCGACAUGAGGACCGGCUUCGUCUUGGGCCGGCUCUGUGGGCGCACCUUAUUACGACCGCAUCCAGCGCUGCGGCAGACGGGCUUCAGGGGCGGUGCAAGGCUGCACGGCUGGAUUCACACCGCGAGACGGACGGCAUGGAGAGGAGGAGAAAGGCCGAGGGCCGGAGCAGCGCUGUGUUCUUCGGCCGGCGUGGCAGCUCUGGGCACGGGGGCGUUCAUCCAGCUUUCACAGGUGGACAAUGGCGAGAGCGACAAGACGGGCGAGCACCGCAUGUUGGAGGUAUCGCGCGAGGAGAUCCGGAAGACUGUCCACGAGGACGAACGGGGCAUCUCCCGGCUUGCGCACCAGAUCCUGAUCUUCUGGGAUCACUACAUCUGGGAGCCCAUCUGCACCGGGACACGGUUCCUACACCUCGUCGUCAUCUUCGUGCCCGUCAUCCUCUCGGUCCCUGCCAUCUGGUUUGGGCGGCGGCAUCCCGACAAGGACGACGAGAGGAGCGGCACUCUUUGGUGGUACGGCUUCCUCGUCAAGUCCAUGGAGCUGGCGGGCCCUGCCUUCAUCAAGCUCGGCCAGUGGGCGGCUUCGAGGACCGACAUCUUCCCAACCGCCAUGUGCGACGCCAUGUCCAAGCUGCAUUCGAAUGCGCCGGCCCAUUCUAUGCGCGUUACCAGGAGGACGGUUGAGGCUGCGUUCAACGGACGCUCCUUUGACGACAUCUUUGACGAGUUCCAAGAGACGCCUCUUGGAGUUGGCGCGAUCGCCCAGGUCUACAAAGCAAAGCUCAAACCCGAUUUUGCCUUGCCGCAGGAGCCGGAUGUCGCUUCCAAGGAGCCGCAUCCCCUUGCCCAGAAUGUGAAGCAACGCGUGAAAACGGUGCUGAAGAGCUCUCCCAAUCCAGUCCCGUCGACUUAUGUCGCAGUCAAGGUACUGCAUCCCAACGUCGAGCGCAUCGUGCAGCGGGACUUGAGAAUCAUGGGCUUCUUUGCCACCAUACUCAACGCCAUUCCCACGAUUGAGUGGCUCUCCCUACCAGACGAGGUUGCCCAGUUCGGGGAGAUGAUGAAGCUUCAGCUUGACUUGCGCAUAGAGGCUGCCAACUUGGAGAGGUUUAGAAAGAACUUCAGAGAUAGGACGACAGCCUCGUUCCCAAUCCCCUAUUCCGAGUUCACCACUCGCAACGUCCUCAUCGAGGAGUUUGCCCAGGGUAUUCCCCUAGCAGACUUUAUGGAGAAUGGGGGCGGUGUCUUUCAGCACGACAUUGCUGAUGAGGGACUCGACGCCUUUCUGAGAAUGCUGCUGCUGGACAACUUUGUCCACGCCGACUUGCACCCGGGCAACAUCAUGGUUCGCUUCUACCAAUCCGCACAGCCAAAUCUUCGACUGCGCCGGUCUGCUGAGAAACCGGCCCCCUCGGACGGCAACGACCGCCACCUGGAUGUCACAGAGCAGGUUUUGGAACGGCUACGCCCCUAUCGGCACCGCAAGGACAAAUCAGCGUGGGAGGCCGAGCUGGCCAAGCUCGAUGAGGAGGGCUAUCGUCCGCAGCUCUGCUUCAUCGACACGGGCCUCGUGACGGAGCUGAACGCAGUCAACCGCGACAACUUCCUGGCCCUGUUCCGGGCCGUGGCCGAGUUCGACGGCUACAAGGCCGGCCACCUCAUGUGCGAGCGAUGCCGCCAGCCCGAGGCCGUCAUCGACAAGGAAGUCUUUGCCCUCAAGAUGCAGCACCUCGUCCUCAGCGUCAAGAGCCGCACCCUCGCCCUCGGCAACGUCAAGAUUGGCGACAUCUUGCAGCAGGUGCUGUCCAUGGUGCGCAACCAUCACGUCCGCCUCGAGGGCGACUUUGUCAACGUCGUCAUCAGCAUUCUGCUCUUGGAAGGCAUUGGGCGGAGUCUCAAUCCUGAUGUCGACCUCCUGAGCACCUCGCUGCCGAUUCUGAGGCAGCUGAGCGCUCAGAGCGGCGCGGCCAUGGCCAAGCAUGGUGAUUUUUCAAUGAUUAUGUUGUGGAUGGGCUUGGAGACGAGGAAGUUUUUGCAGGCUAGUGUUGAUGAUGUGGAACGAUGCGUCAAAUACGAUCUCCUAUCCCCCAAUGUGUAAAUUUAUCAGACAUGACGUUUAUAGAGUAGAAGGUAGAUUUCUCUACGAUAGAGAGGGAUAUGUAGAUUUUGCGAGGUCGCUUGAACGGCGUUGUCUAAUAU